AGAGUUCAUGGUCUCAAAGUUCGCGCAUAACUUUGAAAAAAGUUUAUGAAAAUUUCGCAAAAAUCAUUUGAAAUGAAUAGAAAGUUGAUUUAAAUUUAAUUAAGGUCUCCCUAAAAACACAUUUUCAAAGUCUUUGUUAUUUUCUCAAAAUAAACCAAAUUGGAAGAAAUAGCUGAUCAGUGAUUUUGUUAAUUUUCCAAUAAGACUCUGGAAUCUAUUCCAACAGAAAGCACACAUUUGGUAAUUACGAUACCAUUUUCAAGUGUCAUACAGAUCUCGGUCUAUGCAAAAACUAGGUACGAUUGAAGAUACAUAAAAUACAUUUUCUUGUAAAGAGAAAAUGAGAAAAGGCUUUCAACUCUACCAAUGAGACAAAUUGGUUUUUUUUUUAAUUGUCUAGAAUCCACUUUGUUCCAGAGCUCCCAGAGUUAGCUUACUUCCAUGCACAAUUUAUUCUUGCCUUUGGUUAUAAUGUUAAUGUUUAAAUUUAUCUUUUUUUUGUCUAGGUCAUCCCACCCAGCCCGCCCCAACGUUCAUGUGUAUGGUGAUUCACUGUUGCGCGAUAUAAAGUUGGAUAUUGAUGACAUUAACUUUUCUGUAUACUGUCAACCUGGUGCAACUGUUGAGAGACUGACUCAGUUCAUAAAAAACAAUGUAAAUACUGGUAUAUGUAAAUGUGUAGCAGAUGUUGAGAUCGUCAUCCUUCAUGUAGGAACGAACAAUUUGAACUUUGAUGUCUGGGAUUGGAUCGAAAAGAAGUAUAAACAUUUGUAUUCUACUGUUCGAGAAUUGUAUCCAUGUGCAACAAUCAUCUUUAGUGGGAUUGCUCCUCGGUGGGACAGGCAGGACUUAUAUGAAGCCAGUGUUUUUUUUAAUUUGAAACUGAACAAUUUCACGGCUCGUACACAAUUAUGUGAGUUCAUUGAAUCACCAGACUGCUUCUCAAUUGAUGACAGAUGUCAUAGAUGGGACGGUUUACAUCUUACAUCGAGAGGAAAAACAUUAUUAGCUGAAGCUUUCGUGAAGAAGGUUAGGAAAGUUAUAUUUCCAUGUCAACCUACUUCCUGUAUUCCGAAGGAACUAAAACGUUUGUAUACACCCAAGAGAAAGAGAAGGAAAAGUGACGGUGAAGAGCAGAAAGAGUUAAACAAUUAUAAAGGCGAGGAGAAAAAACAACAUCAAGAAUGGAAGUUACAGGAAAGAUUGAAAAAGAAGACGCAUUGCUGUAAUAAAAAAAAAUGGAGUGUCGACUGGGAUGAGAAUGUCAUCCCCAGGAGAAGGGCUAGACCACCUACGCCACCAGUGUUGCCACCAGACCGGCAUAUCCCAGAAAUGAGAUGUAACAUGCUCAUCCCAUAUGAACAUGUUGCUAAGCACAAGGAAACACAAGGGUUUAGCUCAGUGCCGAGUGUAAAGCUACCUCAACCUACCAGCCGCUAUGUGGGACGUAAGAAAAAAGGGAAGGCAAAGCGUAGGCGAGACAGAGCCACCAAGAAAAGGAAGAAGAGAAAGAAGAGAACAAAUCCGUGGAACGUUGUGUGUUCAACAGACUCACUCUUUUCAGUCACCCCUCCAUCGACUUCAGAGAAACUUACAGCUCAUCAAUCACCACAUGUCAGCUCUACUGCCCAUGUCCACACACCUUUCUUGCAGUUCAUUAGCUGCUCUGAUGACCCAGACGGUCCAGUCCUUUCUUCAAAUAUGCAACUAGACUCUGAAAUUCUCCACCUGCAAGCUCGGUUUGUAAUCAUAUUAGUCUGUGUUUUGAUUCAGCAGCUGGGGUGAGGAAAAGGAUUUCUGAUGGGGAGAAACCUGUCUUCAAAUGUAAGAAGAAGAAAAGGGACCCCUGUGCAAUUUGUAAUCGAUCAAUAGUUACAAAGUGCUUUCAUUUAGCUUCUGCACGUUCUGACAAAUUAGUAGAUAUCAUUAGGGAGAAACUUCCCCAAAUUGAAAAUGACCAAUGCAUUUGCAAUGCAUGUAGAGUGAAGUAUUCAAAAAAAGCUGAUGAUCCAGAGUACACACCAAAGAAAUCUAGGAAGAAAGAAAGGCCCCCAUGUUUCUUGUCACAUGAUUUUUUAUGUCAAAAUAGUUCUGAGCUUGACUCAAGAAUAGCUGUUGAAGAAUUCAAUGAUGCAUUUUCCCUUAAUUACAGCACUCUCCCGCAUGAAAUCCCACUUUGUAGAAAACAUCGUUCUCAUAUUACUAAUUUUUCUGGCCUUAGGUAUUGUUGUGUAUGUUCUGUCACCUUGCGUCCAACCGUUAAACGUUAUGCUUUAUGUAAUAACCAGGAGGUAGACUUAAACAGAUUACAAGAAAUUAAUGAUGAGCUUAAUAUCGAUGAUGAUAGCAUUAUCUGUAAACAGUGUUAUAAUCUCUCAACAAGAAAUUAUCAAGAGUUAGGCACUUUGACAUUAAGGGAUAUUAAAUAUAAUUUAGAUAAAGAACUUGUUUUAUGUGACACUCCAGAAUCAAUUCUUUCAGUUACAUGCAACCAGACUUUCAAGAUACUGUAUUCAUGGUGCAUUGAAAAUCAUGGAUUUUUACUUUUAGAUGCAUAUGACACAUUCAUACAAACUUUGUCAGUCAAUUGUCAAACUCCCUGGAUCUAUGACGAUUGUCAUAGGACUGUUCCAUGGUUCCUUGGAAAGAUACAAGAAACAUUUCAAAAUAUUUUAUCAAAACACCGACUAUUACGGAAACAUGGUCUAUUUUUAUAUAUUACUGAUGCGUCAAUAGAUCAGUUACUAAAUGCCCUUCAUUCUACAAGCGCCAAAGUUAGAACCCUUAAGAGAGAAUUACUGAAUGAAGAAAAUGAGCUUAACCAAAAGUGCCCAGAACAGAGGGAGGAAGUUGGAGAUUUAGAAACUGCUUAUAAGAAAAUAGCUCUUGAUGGCAAUGAAAGAUUAGUGAGGCAAACAAAAAAUAUUAGACAAAUGUACAUCCAAAAUCCCCUUUCAUUAGAUCAAUUUGAUUUUGAUAAAGCUUUAGCCAGUUUUGACCCUAGUAUAUGGAACCUCAUUUCACUCCUUACAGCAAAUCUAGAAGAGCUGAAAUUUGUGAAAAAAUCAUCCAUAUGUUUCACAAAAGAUAUCAUUAGUUUCCCAAAUGAAAAAACUUCAUUUGGGAAACAGAGAAAAGUUAGACGUAUUGUGGCUGUAUUUAUUCUUCAAUUUGCCCUUACUGAUUUUUCCACCUAUCCUUUUCACGUAAUCAUGGCAAAUUUGAUAAAGAGGUUUUCUCAUUCAUCUAAGUUGUUGAAAAUAUUGAAUCAUGUUGGAUUGUCGUGUUCGGAAAGUACAUUGGAACGUUUUAUACAGACAGUGGAGGAUGCAAGGGAUUCUGAUGGUGUUUUGUCUUUUCUGAAUGAAAGGUCAAUUACUCAUGUGACCAUAGAUAAUAUUGACGUGUUAGCAUCCUAUGCAGCAGUUACUCCUGAUCAACCACGUAGCUGGCAUGGUACGUCUAUAAUGGGACAACAACCCAAACCAAAUACUGAAUUGUUAGACCCUUCUUAUGAAGUUAUUUCCCAAACUAGCACUACAUGCAAUUUACCCUCAGUUUCUCAAGUAAAAGAUGAUACAAAGAGGAAGCCUUCAGUAAGAAAGAAAAUCAGAUUGAAUG